AUGGCAAAGGAGAUUUCCGAUACACAGAUCGAAGAUGCGGGUCAUCGCCCCAACAGUCCAUCUUGCCUUGGACCCGACCCAGGCACGAUCCAAGGACGAGCGAUUCAGCAGCAAGAACACAAUCGGGGAUACUUGGAAACUCUCAAAAAGGACCCUUGGCUCUUAUUCUGGAUUGGAGUCAUGCUUUGGACUCUGAUUGUGCGGGGAUUCGAGAAUCAAUCCUCUGGCGCUGUUAUUAGUAUCCCAGAGUUCAAACAACGAUUCGGUCAACUCCAAGACGGACAGUACUUUAUUGAAACUAAAUGGCAGUCAGCUCUGAGCGGGGGCUCAAAUGCAGCUGCUAUCGUGGGCUCAUGGGCUGCCUCCUACUUUGCCGACAAAUUCGGGGUCAAACCUGUCAUUCUGGCAGCGGCAGCUAUCAACAUUGCAUCAGUUGGUGUUGAAUUUUCUAGCACCUCGAUCGGCAUGUUUUUCGGGGGCAAGAUGAUCAAUUUUAUUGCAAUUGGUGCAUUUCUUAACAUCUGCACUGCAUAUGUUGCUGAUGUUUCACCACUUGCCAUUCGAUCAUCUGUCAUCGGUUUUUGCAAUCUAUCUCAAUGUAUAGGUCCUUUUGUCUCCGCCAUCAUGUCUUAUUACACAUCUUCAUGGGAGAGUGCUUGGUCCUGGAAGUCUUUGAUCUGUGCCCAAUGGGGAUUUGCUGUGGUUGGGCUGAUCGGACAAAUCUUCAUGCCCGAGUCACCUGUCUACCUCGUUCGAAGAGGCAAGAUCGACCAAGCCCGAAAAUCUUUGAACCAGUUUUACUCGGACCCUCGUGAUGCUGAAGGCCAUUUGGAACGAAUCAAGCUAACACUUGGGGAAGCCGAGACACAACAAGAUUCAGUAUCAUACAUUGACUGCUUUCGGGGAACCAACCUUCGCCGCACACUGAUUGCGAUUAUGGUUUUCUUAUCCGAACCAAUGUCAGGACUCGGAUUCGUUUCUAAUUAUGGCGCUUUAAUGUACCAGUAUCUAGGAAUAGGCGAUCGACAAUCAUUUCUGAUCCAAAUAGGUGCUCAAAUCCUUUCAAUGUCUGGAGCAACCAUUUCUUUUCUGAUUAGUGAUAUGUUUGGCCGGAGACCUAUGUACUUGGGUGGAUGCAUUGGUUUAACCCUAUUACUCCUUUGUAUGGGGAUUGCAGGUUCGGUGGACACGAAUGCCGCAACUACCGCCGCAGUGGGCUUCUACACCAUGUAUAACUUCUUCUACAAUGCUGGCGUGGGGUCCAAUGUUUAUACCAUCGCUGGAGAGGUUCCUACUUCGGUCCUCCGGACUAAGACACUUGCUGUGGCCCUCUCAGUCUCUGCGGCAGUCAACACAAUGUGGUCAUUCGUCGCGCCUUAUAUGUUCAACCCUGGAUAUGGCGGACUCAAAGCCAAGAUCGGCUUUGUUUUUGGCGCCUUUAUGUUGCUAUUUGCUGUCAUGGCGUAUUUCUUCAUCCCAGAGACUCGUCGACGCACAUAUGAGGAGCUUGAUGAACUUUUCAUGAAUCGUGUACCAACUCGAGAAUUCCGUGAAUAUGUCACUCUGGCAGAGCGGAGAGCUGCAGAAGCUUACCAAGUGACCGAAAAGGUGCCAGAAGCUGUUAGAGUGUGA